AAAGAAUGAUACUUUUUAAAAGUGCUUAUUUAGCGCUUUUAUUCCUGCUAUUCAAACAAUGGGUGUUUGUGAUUGGACAAAAUUUGACAAAUGAGGAAUGUCUGGUUUCGAAUCGUUACUUGGAGGUGGUGCCAGAUGCCGACGUCACCAUUGGAGUCCUCUUGAACGUUCAUCAACCAGGAAAAGGGAUUUAUGGCUGCGGCAAUACGACGGUAGAGGGCGUCGAAACUUACGAAAUAUUGCGAUGGGCCGUUUCGCUGCUAAACCAACAUGCAGGGGUUAUCAACGGGCAGAAUAUCACUGAUACAUUUAUUCCUGGUAUUAAAAUAGGUUUGAAGAUUUACGACACUUGUGGCCACUCGGGGGCAGCAGUGGCGCAACUGACUGAAUGGUUUCCAGAAAUAAUUUCUGACUCAGGAUUUUGCUCAGCCACGUCAAAUGCCACGUCAGAUUGGAUAAUUGGUUUAAUCGAUAUGACAAGAUUAACAAGUCUGCCUCACGUGACUGAUUCUCUUCAAGAUAACGAAAUACCCAUAAUUCCAUUAGAGUUCAGUGCAACGGUUUCUCCAGAUCAUCUUGCAAUGACCAUAGCUGAAGUCGCCCUCGACAUGGAAUGGGAAAAAAUUGCUGUCUUACAUGCGAACGACAAGCACAGUAUUCGUGCAACCGAAACACUAGGGCAAGUAGCAACGAUUGGAAAACUGUGUAUUUCUAAAGUAGAAAGUAUCCCAUCAGAACAAAACGAGGAAGGUUUCAGAUCUGGGAGAAAAGCGUAUCGCGAUCUGCUUAACAGAGUCACCGUUGAGCUGGAAGAUAAAACGCCUGUUAUUGUGAUUGGCCAUGGACGUAUAAUACAACGUUUCAUCCAGGCGAUGGCCGAGGACCCCCAAAAGGUGGCGAGGUUUCAGUGGAUCUUUUCUUGGAAUCCGGAUAUAGAAUCUCUUGCCAGCUUAGAAAAUACAUUGAACAAAAAGAAUGUCUUUUCUAUCGCCGUCUAUCCGCAAGCUGUCCGUCAGCUGGAAGAUUAUUGGGCUAAGCUUCAGGACUUGGGUUCCACAACUAUGCAAGAAAGUCGCUGGUUUCUAGAGUACAUUAUGAGCAAUAAAAAGUGCAGUGUGAUGGGUCUUGAUGGGUCACAGUUUAGAAACCUCCCAGUUUGUUCUAAUCACCUUCUUUCAGAGUCUCCUGGUCAGGUAUUAUUAAGAACAUCACGAGCUAUUCCAAGUAUUCACGCGCUCUUUACAUAUGCACACGCACUUCGUAAAGCUUGGGAAAUCAAGUGCUCUGGACGUCCUGGUGCUUGCUCAUCUUUCCAACAGAUGUCGCGACGAGAAUUUAUACAGCAGUACUUAAAGCCGUUAGAAUUUACUCUUAGAGCCAAUAACAGGAGCCCUCCUGAAGUGAGCGGCCAGAAAUUCCGAGGAAGCCAACUGGGAAAAGUGGAUAAUAUACAUUUAGGUUUAACACUGUAUACAUUUGAUAAAACUCUGGGAGUAGAACCUCGACAGUUAGUGUUUUACGACAGUGUUCGAGCCCACGUUGUUGACAGUCAUUUUGAAUAUUACCCUUCUACAUGCUCACCAAGUGGGUGCAUGCACUGUGUCAAAAUAAGCCAUGGCCAACUGGAAGAUUCCAAAGAAAUGCCUAGUGGGUUCGUAAUGAUAGACCAAAAGGCAGAUCUAAUGGUUCCUAUACUUCUACCAAUCCACAAACCUGGAUCUUCGCCGCUAGAGUGCAGCACCGCUAUUAACAACGACGCUAUUCAUGAUCUAGAGGCUGCUUUGUGGACACUGGACAAAAUUAAUAGUGAUCCGCGAUUUUUACAGGGGAUUAGUUUGGGAGCUGUCGUUAUUGACACGUGUGGGUCGAGCCUAAAAGUCGCUCAGCACUUGUCUAGUUUUAUUGCAGAAAACUCCGAGCAACUUGAUAUUAUCUCAGUGUUAGCUGUAGUCUUCGCCACAUCACCCGAAGAAGCUGUCACUGCAGAAUCUAUAUUAACUCCUCUAAACCUUACCAGUGUGUCCACUGUGGAUCUUUCAACCAAUAAGAAAAGGAGUUCUUACAGUUUACAAACAGCUGCACCAGCGAAAACGAAGUCUAAGGCCAUCGUAGAAGUCCUGAUGCACUUUGGAUGGGCAUUUGUGACAGUUGUUCACAGUACAGACUAUGACAGUCUUCAUGGUCUUCAGGCAUUUAUCACAGAAGCCAAGUAUGCUUCCAUCUGUAUUGAUGUUCAACUGUCGAUGGAAGGAGUAGGUAAUACUGAAGCUGGAUUGUUAAACAAAAUAAUGAGAAAACUGGUGGAUUCCAGAAAGCGUGGUGCUUCAGUGGUCAUUCUUUUUCUAAAUGACCAUCAUACCAGUAUUUUCUUUUCCGAAUUUCAGAAAGCAAUCGCUGAUGGAUUAGUGACUCGUAAUGAUUUUGUUUGGUUACGAAACGGAAUCGGAGGAGUGGAUUUAGAUAUCUUAGAGAAGUUUGGAAAAGGCAUUGCUGGUUCCUUGGUUUUUAGAGAAGCCUAUAAAGAGGUCCAGGAGUUUGUGACGCACUUCCGGCGACUUAGUCCAGAAACAAACAAACGCAAUCCUUGGUUCCAGAAAUACACGGAAGAACGUGUUAGAUGUACUGAUCCAGAAUGCACUGGUUCUCUGCGGAGUUCCAGAGCUGUAAAAGUUAUGCAAGCUGUAUUGUCCGUCGCUUCCGGUUUAGCUCGUUUCAGAAAUGAGUUUUGUCAAGCCGAAAGGGGGCUGUGUCCUCAUUUACUUCGUCAGCCAUCACUACGCCUCAUCCUUAACAAGUACAUUCAGCAUACAGCAUCUGCAAGGCCUGAUGAAAAGAAGUCGAUUUUCAUGUUUAAAGAUGAUGGAGUUGGGGACGUUCCAAUCGAAAUCUUUAAUAUGAGAAGAGGGAUUAACCAGACAUUUAAUUAUCAUCAGGUUGGGACAUUUCAUAAUCAUCUGACCACCCUGGUAAACAUGGUAACUUAUGGAACUCAAGGAGAAGAGAUUUCAAUGGAGAAUACAGUAUCCGAAUGUAGCUUAGACUGUGGUCGUUGUGAGAGUCUCAACCCGAGUUUUCUUGUAGUACAUUCCAAAGACCAUUUUUAUUUGGGUGCAACCUUUGGUGUCCACAAGUCAUCUUUAAAUGCCCUAGAGUGUGGAGAAUUAGAUUCCUUUACUGGAAUUCAGCACGUGGAAGCAUUCUUGUGGGCAUUAGACCAGGUCAACAAUGACCCUCGAAUAUUGCCUGGUGUUACUUUAGGGGGUGUGGUUUUUGACACGUGCAACAAUCGUAUAAAGACGUCACAAAAUAUAUUCGAUUUUUUUAGCCAAUCAUCGCCCGUUCCAGAAUUAUCGAAAGCUGGAGAUGGUUCCAAACUUCUCUUUCCUGGGAAGAUAAUGGGCUUCCUCGCUGACCAACGAUACGAUGUGGUCAAGCCUGUUAUUGAUCUCACCAUUCCUCAACAGAUAACCACACUGGCACAAGAACUGACCUCAUCAGAGUUCAACAACUUGAACUGGUAUAAUUACGUCUUAAGACUUUCACUGCCAAACGUUUUGAUAGCAGAUGCCAUGGUCAGGAUUUUAAAAUUAUUUCGUUGGAAUUACGUCUCUGUGGUAUAUUCUCACAGAGAUCAUCAACAAGAAGACCUCUUUCAGAACUUCAAGACAGGGGCUAAGAAAAACCACAUCCAGUUGGCACUGACAGAAAAGGUUCCAGAUAUUAAAGCUAGCUGGUUGAAUGUUCUUCGACGAUUGAACUCCAAAAGAGAUGAUGGAGCAAGAGUUGUGGUGCUUCUGUUAAUUGGUGACCACCUGAAGCAGCUCUUUGAGGGUCUCCAGAUGAUUACUGAAGAGGAACCUGAGAAAUUUGGACACUUUGUUUGGAUUACUUAUGAGAAUCUCGAGGUCUUCGAAAAAUUCUCCAAAUACUCAGUUGGUGCUCUUUCCAUCCGACAGGUGACGGAUCAUAUACCUGCUUUUCAAGAAUAUUUUCAACGUUUGAGUAUUCGGAAGAAUUCUAGAAACAUUUGGUUCCGAGAAUAUUGGGAACACGUGUUCGGAUGCCGGGGAGCAGCCUGUUAUAGUGGACACCAGAGUGGACUCAAAGAUGUUCCUUUUUUCCAAGACCCUGGUGUUAAAAACGUGGUGAGCAGUGUCUUUGCUCUCGCCCAUAGCUUGGAAGUGGCAAGAGUUCAAUUCUGUCCUGGAAAGUCCAAAGGAAUUUGUGUUCAGAUGAAAGAAAGUCCUGAAUUAAGACAACUUAUCUUAAAUUCAACCAAGAAUGCUCAAAUAGUUGAAAAUGGUAAAACUACGAGACUCUUCACAGAAAAGAACUAUGGUACUAAAGGAUUAGACAUUUUGAACUUCCGUCAAGUGGGAAGCAGUACUCAUGGUUUUGUGAAGAUUGGACGUUACACGGAAAGAGGAGGAUUAAAUAUGAGCAUGAAUAGAAUUAGAGGUUUCGACAACAAUGGCCGUGAAAAUAGCCUUCAGAAAAUAGUCUCUAGCUGUUUGAAAAGCGACAGAUGUGGGAAUGAGAUUGUUUUCCGGCUACCUACUGUAAUGAAGUGGGUUUCUAAAAACAAUAGUUAUGUCAUCACUUCUGUGAUGUCUGUCCAUCAGCCAGGGGAGACGUUUUUUUCAUGUGGUUCGCUUAAUCCAAAAUCUUUUCAAAAUUUGGUAGCUCUGAUUUUUGCCGUGAAGGAGAUGAACAAGAACAUUGGGUUAAUUCUAGGAGAAACCCAAGGACUGAUUGUUCUAGAUGACUGUGGUAGAGUUGAACGGGCUAAAGAAAAAUUAUUUAAUUAUUUAACCGUAGAAAGUGAGAAGAGGCUUAACAAGUCUGACACAGAUUCCAAAAAUGUCAUUGCUGCUGUGACAUUCGACCACCAGGUAGCCACUGAAGUUUCGCCAAUUCUGCAAGCGAAGAUGAUCCCACAAGUAAGCACAUCAGUUGUGUGGUCAAACGGAACGAGUAUUAGUACAAACUUUAUUAUGGCCAUUCCAUCCCCUGUGAAGUUACAAAUAUUGGCUGUAAUGGCGCUGUUGAAGAAAUAUGAUUGGACCUACGUAAAUGUCAUUACGACCAAUGACAUAUUUGGAAAGUUAGCACACGAGCAAUUUGCUGAAACAGCGAAAAAUUACACAAUUUGCAUCGCCGAAACGCUAACAAUGAAUAUUGAUUUCAAUAUAAAAAACCUCACGAAAGAAUUUACUGUCUUAACCUCUGAUGCAAAUGUACGUGUCACAGUACUCUUGACGAACAGCACUCUUGCAACGAGGGUAAUGUUACAGGUUGCCGAAGAGGCGAACCUCAUUGACCGUUAUAUUUGGGUUGCCACCGAGGGCUGGGGUUCUGAGAAUCGUCUUGAAGGAGUUUUAAAAAAUAAUACAUUGAAUGCUUUAGUAGUGAAACUGGAGAAUCACGAUAUUCCAGAAUUUCGCCAUUUUUUUACUAGAAUGACACUCACUAAACACGAUCCAAUUCCUGAUUCCUGGUUUGAAGAAUUCUGGCAACACUAUUUUAGGUGCCAACUGCUAAGUAGCUUCAUUAUCCAGCAUCAGUACCCGGAUGUGUGUACUGGGCAGGAGAGUUUCACAGAAGUGGACUUUCAACAGGACGGUCAAGUAUACCGGACAAUUACAACUAUAAGGUCCAUAGCUCAUGCACUUCGCUCUGUUCUGACCAAACGUUGUCGUCCAUUUUCAAACACUAGCAACUGUGAAGGAAUUAGCAGAGAACUGUUAGCUAGUGAAAUCAGAAAAGAGCUUGAAGGUUCAAAAAGUGAAGCCAAAGUUCCAGAAACUGGCUCUAUAUUCGGCUAUCAAGUUUUUAAAGUGCAGAAAAAUCUUGAAGGGAAAUAUUUUUAUCAUUUGAUUGGACUUUGGAAGAAUCACAAACUGGACCUCUCCGAAGACUUCUUAACUUCUUACGACACAGUGCCAACAUCCGUGUGUUAUGGGAACUGUGAAAAGUGUAAAGAUGACGAAGACAAUAAAGACGACUUGAUCUACAGAGGAUCAAUCUACAUGAACUUCAAGACCGUGUGGGGGAUCAUUGUCACGGCCCUUUCUCUUUUUGGAAUCAGUAUGGUGAUAGUCUGCGCCCUCUACUUCCUGGUAGCGUUUCCAGUAGUGAUAGGAACAACAGUACUAGGGUACAUCAUCUUACUGGGAAUUCUUGUUUUAUUUGGGGUAAACUUCGCCUUCAUUUUCGCUCCAACAACUUACACGUGCGCUGUACGUCGAUUUGUUAUGGGGUUGGCUUAUGCUGUCAUCUUCUCGGGAAUGUUGAUGAAAGUGAUGAACGCCUGGAGACUGAUGGGCUACAGGAACAGUAGAGUUCUGAAUGAUGGCUCUCGUUUCAACACCCCUACCGGUCUGCUGAUAAUGGUCGCAGGUCUGGUUGCUAUUCAGGUAAUACUGACCACUGCCUGGUUAGUGCUGCGGCCACCAAAAGUCAGUGUGUACAAUCAGGUCUGGAGAUGUUCUCCAUCCUCCGCGUUUGAAGACGAGUUUAUUAUAUCUUUAGUGUAUGUAAUGCUGCUUUUGGCGUUGUCCAUCCUGUUCUCCAUCUUAACCUGGAAAUGUGCCGACGGCAACAGGGAACCCCGUUGGAUUAUGGUCAGUUGUAUCGUGACUGUUUUGGUCUGGGCGGCCUGGACUGUUUUGUCCCCCCAUCUAAGUCCAAGAUACCGCGACGUUACGAUCAUUGUAGCUAACUUAGUGUGUGCUACUGUUAUCAUGUUGUGUUUAUAUGUGCGCAAGGUGUACAUAUACAGUAAAUACACGAAACAGACUCGCGAGCGGGGCGUUAAGACGCAUCUCCAGCCAUCUAGGAAAGCUCGUUCCAAAUAUGGAGCGUUUCAGAAAGAAGGCGUGUCAUCGUCGACUUACG